AUGUUCAGCAAGAAGUCCUAUGACGGCCCCGCCACGGGCUACGGGCCCCCCACCGGUGAUUACGGCUACGACUACGGUGCCCGCUCGCCCCCGCCGGGCUCCUACUACAUUGAGGACGUGCCGCAGCACUUCUACAAGUGGACCUCGCCGCCCGGCGUGGUGAGGAUCCUGGAGGCCAUUGUCAUCCUGCUCUGCAUCGCCAUCUUCGCCUGCGUGGCCUCCACCCUCGCCUGGGAGUACACCUACGGCUUCGGGGGGCCGUACGGCAACGGACUGGGGGGCUUCUACGGCUCUGGCUACUAUGGCGGCGGGUUGAGUUAUGGCUACGGUUACGGGGGCUACUACGGCGGGGUCACCAACCCGCGGGCGGCCAACGGCUUCAUGAUCGCCAUGGCCGUGUUCUGCUUCCUGGCCCAACUGGGGCUUUUCGUCGCCAGCGUCAGCAAAUCGAGCAGCUCCCGCUCCCGUCGCUUCUACCUGGUGGUCAUCGUGGUCAGCGCCGUGCUGGCCUUCGUCAUGCUCAUCGCCUCCAUCGUCUACAUCAUAGGGGUCAACCCCCAGGCGCAGAUGACGGGCAGUUACUACUACAACCCCUUGCUGACCAUGUGCAGCCAGAUGUACAGCAGCAACGCCUACCUGAACCUCUACCACUACUGCACCGUGGACCCCCAGGAGGCCGUGGCCAUCGUCUGCGGGUUCCUCAUCGUCAUCCUGCUCUGCCUCAUCUGCUUCUUCGCUCACAAGACGCGGAGCAAGAUCUGGAAGUACGGGAAACCGAACAUCUACUGGGACAAGGUGCCGGUGGCCCAGGAGGGUCCCAACGUGGAGGAGUGGGUGAAGAACGUGGCAGACGGGGCCAGCGUGCAGGACGAGACGGCCACGCUCGCUUACUCGGAGAAGCCAACGAGCCCCAUCACCGCGCCACCGUACAGCCCGCCCUCCUACAGCUACCCGCCCCAGAACGGGUACUACCCCUCAGGGACCUACAGCAGCCAGGGCGACCAGCCCGACCGGGCGGUCAGCCCCAGCCCGGCGGAGGAGAAGGUGCGGGAGCAGCCCACCAGGCCCCCUGCUCGCCGCGGCCGCCGGCGACGCCGCAACCCCGAGCUGGACGAGUCGCAGUACGAGACCGACUACACUACGGCCGUGGAGUCCGGUGACGAGCGGGACCAGGACCAGUGGGCCAGCCUCUACCCCCCCAUCACCUCGGACGGCGCCCGCCAGAAGUACAAGCAGGAGUUCGACACCGACCUGAAGCGCUACAAGCAGCUCUGUGCCGAGAUGGACGGCGUCAACGACCGCCUCAACCAGCUCAACAAACAGCUUGACAGCAUCUCCGAGGACAGUCCCCAGUACCAGGACGUCGCAGAGGAGUACAACAGGCUGAAGGACCUAAAGCGGAGCCCCGACUACCAGACCAAGAAGCUGGAGACCAAAACCCUGCGCAACAAACUCUUCCACAUCAAGCGGAUGGUGAGCGACUACGACAAGGUGCGGGGGUAG